AUGAUAGGAUUAUGGCUAGACACUAUGCUAGAUGUUUCUGUGGCUGGUCACCUUCAUAUAGCACAUUUUUUGCAGGUUCUGAAGGGUAGAAUGAAAAGGAAGAAGCUAUGCUUGAUUUGGCUUACAACGGUUUGGGUCAUUUGGAAUUCAAGAAACAACAUCAUCUUUAACAACUCUCUAUUAGUUUUAGAUGAUGUUAUCAUGAGCAUCAAGUCGGUUUCUUGGAUUUGGCUUUCGGUUGUUAUUGAUAAGGAUGUUGAGUUCGAAGGAGGUGAAUAUGAUGAUGAAGAUGCAGAUGAAGAAUGUGAAUUUGAAGGAGGUGAAUACGAUGAUUCAGAUGAAGAUGGUGAAUUUGAUGCAGGUGAAUACGAUGAUAAGAGCCCUUCUGAUGGGACUAACGGGGAAGAUCAUUUUCUUGUUGACGGUGUUUACGAUAUUGCCAAGAUGGACAUGUUUAACUUGCAAAAUGUUGAUGUUUCGAAGCUGCAAUUUAGAAGUCUAGAAGUUGCUUACAAAUUCUACUGUAGUCAUGAAAUGUUAAAGGAGAAGCACUACAGGCUGUUGGCCGCUAAUAGAAAGCUUAGUAAGUCAGAUACGAUGCAAAUUAGGAAUUUUGGAAAUGCCGAAAUCAAAGUAACUCAAGUUAUUGGUUCAUUUGCAAAUGUUGUCGGAGAUCUUCGUGUUAAGGAUCCAUUGAUGUUUGUUGCACACACGGUGGUUGCGGAUGAAACAAUGCAAAACCUAUUUUGGAGCAAUGGUGAAAGUCAAAAGAAAUAUGAAUUGUUUGGCGAUGUGCUUGCUUUCGAUGCUACAUACAAGAAAAAUAAGUACAUGUUCCCCUUUGUUGUUUUUUCUGGUGUUAAUCAACAUAGCCAGACGAUUAUAUUUGCUACUGCCAUAGUUUCAAAUGAGGUUGAAGGGUCAUAUGUAUGGUUGCUAGAGCAGUUUUUGGAUGCAAUGAAAGAACAUCCUAACAUUAUGUUUUACCAAAUUGCUGCCAACACAGAACCAACAAUUAGCAAUCCCAAUUUCAUCCAUAAUUUCAAAAGAUGCAUGCUUAGUGAUCAUGAUGUUUGGAAAUUCGAGAAUCUGGGGAAUGAAAUGUUAGAUAGGUUUGGUUUAGAAGAGAAGAAUUAG